GCCAAUCAGUGGCCUUUUAUCACGUGAUCAGCCGUGUCCAAUGACACAGCAGAUCACCGAGGACGGCUCGGCACCGAUGAAUCAGUGCCCUGAUGAUCAGUGCCGUGCCACCCACCUGUGCCCAGCAGUGUUGCUCACAAGUGCCAAGCAGUGCCACCCACCUGUGCCCAGUAGUGCCCAUCAGUGUCACCCACAAGUGCAAAUCAGUGUCCAGUAGUGCCACCCACCUGUGCCCAGCAGUGCCACCCACCAGUGCCCAGAAGUGCACCCCAUCAGUGCUACCCAUCAGUGCUGCCCAACAGUGCCCCAACAGUGCCACCAGUGUGCCAGUCAGUGCCCAGCAGUGCUGCCAGUCAGUG